UGAACAUAUCAAAGAGGAAGAAAUUCAUUGAUUAGAGCUGCGAAUUAAGAAAAGAGUUUAACGAUGGCUACGAUCAUUUACCCUGAAAACCCUUCUCCUGUUGCUGAUGCAGAGGCUAUUAGGAAGGCUUGUCAAGGUUGGGGAACAGAUGAGAAGGCCAUAAUUUCAAUAUUUGGCCAUAGAAAUGCAACUCAAAAGAAGCUGAUCAGACGAGCUUACGAGGAGUUGUACAAUGAAGAUCUUGUGAAGCGCCUUGAAUCUGAGUUGUCUGGACACUUUGAGAAAGCAGUAUACAGAUGGAUUCUAGAUCCAGAAGACAGAGAUGCAGUAAUAUUGCACGUUGCAAUAAAAGAGACACCAAUUCCAGAUUACCGUGUGAUUAUUGAGUACUCAUGCAUCUAUUCCCCUGAAGAGUUGUUGGCUGUAAAGCGUGCCUAUCAAGCUCGCUACAAGCGUUCUGUGGAGGAAGAUUUAGCUGAGCAUUCUGCUGGUGAACUUCGAAAGCUUUUGGUUGCCCUAGUGGGCAUAUACAGGUAUGCUGGUGAAGACAUAAAUGCAAGAGUAGCCAACACCGAGGCCGACAUCCUUCACAGUGCAAUAAGUAACAAGGAAUUCAAUAAUGAAGAAAUUGUUAGAAUCAUUUCUACAAGGAGCAUCCCUCAACUCAUAGCAACUCUCAACCGCUACAAGGAUGAUUAUGGCUCUUCAAUUACCAAGCACUUGAGGGAUGAUGCAAAUGCAGCUAAGGAAUACCUAGUAGCACUGCGUACAACAAUCCGAUGCAUUAGUGACCCCCAGAAAUACUAUGAAAAGGUAAUCCGGUAUGCCAUUAACGAGUCUGGGACUGAUGAAGAGUCAGUGACAAGAGUGAUAGUUACAAGGGCAGAGAAGGACUUGAAGGAUAUCAAGGAGCUUUACUACAAGAGAAACAGUGUCACUCUUGAUCAUGCACUCUCCAAGCACACUUCUGGAGAUUACAAGGCUUUCCUUCUCGCUCUUUUGGGAAAUGAUAACUAAUUCAUAUUAAAAAAUUGUCUUUCUGUUUUCUGAGUUUUAAGGUUGGUCUGGUUUGAGUUUGUCGAUCCAAAGAACAAAAUGACUUCGUUGUUGCUAUUUUGUUUUUCUUAAUGUUGUUUUGUGUUACCAAGUACUACUAUUUUUGGUUGCUAUCAAUAUUCUUUUCCGUCGA